CGACGACUUGGCCCAGCAAUGUUAGUCCGGCCCAGUUGAGCUCACAGAGAGAAUUAUCAGUUAACUAAGAUGACAGCAAUACUCAAUAUGGACACUGGAAGCUUGUUUAAAGUCGAUGGGAUGGUGGCAGCCAUCACCGGAGGCGGAACUGGUAUCGGAUUGAUGAUGGCAAAGGCACUUGCCAACGCCGGGGCGAAGAAAGUUUACAUAUUGGGACGGCGAAAAGACAAGCUUGACGCUGCCGCCUCCGAGACCCCAGCACUGAUUCCUCUAGAAUGCGACGUGACGAGCAAAGAAUCGCUCCAGUCAGUUGUAGACUUUAUUACCAUAGACACCGGUUACAUCAACCUCCUCCUAGCCAACUCAGGUGUUGUAGGCCCCACCAAGCGAUACGAUCCCAAUCUUUCAAUCUCAGAACUGAGAAAGUCCAUCUUCGAAGAUGUGUCCAUGGACGAGUUCACCCAGACCUUUCACGUCAAUGUCACGGGUGCCUUCUUCACCAUGAUGGCUUUCAUCGAGCUUCUGGAUGCGGGCAACAAAAAUGCACUCAAGGGCGGAUUUGGAGCUCCGCUGAAGGCAGGCGGCCCGGUGCCUUCGAUCCAAAGCCAGAUUAUUACCACGGCCAGUAUUGCGGCCUACAGCCGGGCCACGUUCUCGACUCCGGCGUACUCGGGCAGCAAGGCGGCUAUUGCGCAUCUUACGAAGCAUGCAUCGAGUAACCUGGUGAAGUACGGGAUUAGAGUAAAUGCUAUUGCUCCUGGCUUGUUCCCUUCCGACAUGUCGCAGCACUUAAUGGCCUCACGAGAUCCGGCAACCGAGUCCAUUGAUGAUCCUCGCUUUAUUCCUGCGGGUCGCUUCGGCGGCGACGAGGAAAUGGGCGGCACAAUUCUCUACUUGGCUGGUCGCGCUGGCGCUUUCAAUAAUGGCAUGAUUCUUGUUAUGGAUGGAGGGAGGUUGUCUGUCAUGCCGUCUGCGUAUUGAUUGGACAAUCCCUGCAUUACUUUGUAGGUGGCCACUGGAUAAACCUCUCUCGAAAUCAACUUGGUUAUAGCAAAAGAAUGUGUAAACGAAAACAAGGCUUGGCCCUAGCUAAGUACAUAUAGCAAACGACGUCAGAAGUAAUUAAACAAUGUGUGACUAUCAA